AUGGUCGACGCUGAGAGCAAAGCGACGCCAGCGGCAGCUGCAGCCGCUGUUGCCAAUGCCGCUCCAAAUACCACGACCGGCGACGACACAACGCAGACCAACAGUGAGCGCAUCAGCCUGAAGCGCGCCAGCCCUCAUGACGGACACGACGACGAGCCCGCCGCCGACGACAAGAAGAAGCCCAAGACCGACGACGCCGCGGAUGGUGAUGAUGCCACGGCCGACGCGAACCCCAACGAGUGGCAGACGGUCAGCCGCUCGACCAAGAAGCAGAAGAAGAUGCCGCGCCCGGGCAAGAACUACCCCGCCAUCACCUUCUCGCCCAACGCCCGGCUGCAGUCGCGCAUCGGCCUCAGCCACCUGCGCGACCUGGUGACGUACAUCUUCGCCGACGGCACCGGCCCGCAGUGGUGCGCCGUCUCUCACCGCCCGGCUUUUCGCAAGAUCGUUGCCGUCAUGGUGCCCGGUCUCGAGGAGGCCAUGUUCCGGCCUGGCACGGACCUGGCCACGUUCAACGACACGCGCGACGACGACCUGGACGGAGACAAGCAGCAGCAGAAAAAGACGCACGAGUCACCGGACGAUUACUACCCUCGGCCGCUGGUGAGGGAUGCGCUGCCGGAGGCGCUGCAGCCCUUUGCGGACAUGUUUCCGCAUCUGUGGCCGGUCAAGACGCCCGGCGAUGAUAGGCACGGCAAGAUGCACUCCCCGAUGGCGGCGUUCCUCGCCACACCGCUACCCAAGGACAAGUCCAAGGCAGCGGCUGCAAACGGCGCCGACGGUAUCAAACCCGCUCGCGAGCCUUCCGGGUGGAAGAACGAGCGCACGCGCAUCACGGAGUUCCUGGCCACCGCGCCGGAGCUCGCCGAGAACGGGUUCUUGGUGCACCCGGCGCUGCUGCCCGAGAGCACCGCCGCGCGGGACGCCUUCGUCCUGCCCGAGGGCUGGGUGCGGACGGCGGUCGAGCAUCUCUCGGACGGCGAGGUCCCCGAGGCCGAGAUCGAGCAGGGCAGCGUGACGGCCGGCCGCGCGGUGCUUGCCGUCGACUGCGAGAUGUGUCUGACGGGCCCCGACGAGCUCGCACUCACGCGCAUCAGCGUCGUCGACUGGUCCGGCUCCGUCGUCCUCGACGAGCUCGUCCGCCCCGCCAAGCCCAUCACUGACUACCUCACGCGCUUCUCCGGCAUCACCGAGGCCAUGCUCGCGCCCGUCACCACCACACUCGCCGACGUCCAGGCGCGGCUCCUCGAGCUCCUCACCCCGCGCACCAUCCUCGUCGGCCACUCCCUCGAGUCCGACACCAAGGCCCUGCAGCUCACCCACCCCUUCAUCGUCGACACCUCACUGCUCUUCCCGCACCCGCGCGGCCCGCCCCUCAAGUCCUCGCUUAAGUGGCUCGCGGAGAAGUACCUCGGGCGGCGCAUCCAGCGCGGCGGCGACGCCGGCCACGACUCGGUCGAGGACGCGCGCACCUGCCUCGACCUGGUCAAGCAAAAGUGCGAGCGCGGCCGCGCGUGGGGCGCGCACGACGCGCAGGGCGAGAACCUGUUCCGCCGGCUCGCGCGCGCCGGCACCGUGCUGCGCUGCGUCCGUGGCGACCCGGACGGCAAGGAGGUCCGCGGCGGCGGCGUCGACUUUGUCUGGGCGCGGCUGCGCGAGCUCGAGGCCCGGCAGGGCUGGUGGAACACGAACCGCGACGGCAGCGGCGGGCCACCUGAGGAGGAGGAAGGUGACGUGGAGGCCUGUGUGAGGCGGCUGACCGCCCGCGUGGCGCGGAUACACGAGGCGCUGCCGCCGUGCACCGCCCUCAUACUGUACAGCGGCUCGGGCGACCCGCGACGCAUGGCGGCGCUGCAGGCGGUGCAGGCGCGGUGGCGCCGCGAGUACAACACGCCGGGCCGCAAGUGGGACGAGCUGAGCGUGCAGUGGACCGACGUCGAGGAGCAGGCGCUGAAGCGGGCGGUGCAAAAGGCGCGGUCCGGCAUCGGCUUCAUCACGGUCAAGUAG